AUGAAAGAAGAAACCAUUAUGUUCAGUUUAGAAAACGCUAAAACGCCGAAGGAAAAACGGGCUGUUUACAAAAGUGUUCAAGUGCAACUGCAAAACAACGGUAACGUUCAGCUUGUGGCAAAUAUUGCACACUGAAACUAGUAUUCACUUCAAGAUUUAUUGCGAGUUCCUUGAAAUAAUAAGGUUAGAAAGAAAAUAAUUCAUCUUCUGUUAACUUUUUCAGCUAGACUGAUUUUACACGUUCGAUUUAGCUGCUGGUUUAAUCUUACGGACUGGAUGAAUAAUUUGAUUUUUGCUUGCCUUUUUUUGGGAAAAAACGUCUUAAUACUAUUGCAUGAUAACCGGCGUAUUUGUUUUGUUUUUGUAUCUGUUGACAAAAUUCGCUUUUUUUGUGUAGGGAUACAUUUUCAAUUAGAAAGUAUCAUUAACAAGUGGAAAAAGCUGAAACAGCAACAUAAGCAACAUCAUGAUAAACAAAAACGAAGUGGGACUGAACGUCGAAAGAAAUGGAAAUUCUUUGAUGACGUGGAUCAAAUAUGUGGUCACAGGGAUACAUCUUCACCCGCAUGUCUUAUUGAUUCAGGUCUAGCUGAUGAAGGUGCAGGUAAAGUAUUUCUUAUGUCUAUCUGGUGGGGAAGGGCCUACAUGGUAUAUGUAAAUAUCAGGAUAAUGACCUCCAUUACGCUACGCUUAGCCGUUUGAGUGACUCCAUUUCAAGCUUUUACAUUUUUAUGUAAGCUUAUGUAUACCUUUUAAUUUUUUUGUGCAACUGAACAUUGCAUGGAAGUCUGUACUUUAAAAAUUAUUAUUACUAUUAUUAUUAAUAAUAGAAACCAUACUUCAAGACUGUCAGACUGGCAAAAGUGACGGCAUAUUAUCUUCCUGUGUCAAAAAAAGGUUAGCACGUGGAACUGAGGGAGAGCAGAAAAUUCAUAUUGUAUUUAUCCCGUUUUCAAUGUUAGGGUAAUAUUAUUAUUUUCUUUCCCUCUGUUCAGAUUUGGAAAGUGAAACAGGUGAUGAUAGCAAAAUUGGCUCUGAUGAUGAAAUGGCAAGUGUGCAUGAUGAAGAGCAAAGCAAAGAUACAAAUGACGUGUCUGUAGAGGGAUGCAGUGAACUUACUAAACGUAAACUGGAGCUAGAAGAGGAAGAAUUAAAACCUCAUGUCAAGAAAAGCAAGGUUUCCAAAAAAGAAAGGAAGACAAGCUUGAGAAAUCUAUUGCAGUGUUAA